AUGGCCUCCUCUCUCGCGGCGCAGUUGUCGCAAAUUGCGACCAAGUCGACCAAUGAGCUCGACCUCAAGGCCCAGCGCCUUUCCCACCAGCAGUCGCUAAUCUUCGACCGGAAAAUUGCCGGUUCGCAAGACUUCGAUACCGUUUAUGAUAUCUGUUAUGAAGGAUACCGAGAGCUUUGUUCCCUGGAUCCACGUUUCGAGGACUUCGGGCGCACAAUUUUCAGCGAACAGAGCAAGGCGGAGGACCGAACGCAACUCAGCGCUACCCAGAACCAGGAACUUGAUGCCGUAAUUCAAGCAUUCCUUGGUCUUGUCGGAAGCCGAUUGCAACUUAGCCCCGCAGUUAAAGCUGUGGACUGGUUGGUCAGACGUUUCAGGGCUCACGAAUAUAAUACCGCCUGCAUGAUUCUCACCUUCCUCCCUUAUCAUACGACUCCUCUUUUCUUGAAUCUGCUCUCCAUUCUGCCCAAUGACUUGACCUCGACAUUCAAAGUUCUUUACCCAUAUAAGACCGGCUUGGUUAACCCGCCGCGCCACCCUCUUGUACACAGCGCCACCACAAACAAGCCGUUUUUCGCAGCUUUGAAUGACUAUGUUAUCAAGGUGUGCCGACAGCAUGCCCAGAGCCACACGCUGCUUUCCUUUUGGGCCGGUAUCAUUACCGAGGCGGUGGCGGGUAUGCUAGAUGGUGCUCGCUCGGGCAGAAGAGAAGCCGAGAAGCAGAAGCACGAGGACAUCAUCAUCCGCGUUCUGCCCGUUCUCAGCUCUGCUUUCACGAUGAAGAAGAUCCCAGAACUGAUCAUCAGUUGCUACAUGAUCUCCGUCGUCCUCGCCCAGAAAGCCACUCUCGCCGACGAUGUUCUCAAUGGCUUGAUGGAGAGUGUUGUCGCCUCUUGGUCAGAGGAGACAAUCAGCUCCGGCCUCAUCUGCUUGUCCGUCCUGGCUCAGCAGAAGCCCACGGCUACCCUUCCUAAGAAGGUUUUCAAGGCCAUCUCUCGCCUCGAAAACCCCAUGCAGCAGCUUUCCGAAGUCACCGCACAGUACCAGACAUCUAAGCUUUUGCUUGGUCUUGUUGGCGGCUGUGUUAGCGACUUGGACAAGCAGGAAGAUAACACCCGCCUCGCACUGUUAUCCUCUAUCUUUGAAAAUGCCUCCUUCGGAGAGGAUGAGACUAAGGAGGCCAUGACCAUGGUCCUGAAGGCCGCUAGCGACUCCGAGGAGACUCGUGGCAUGUCCCUGGAUGCUCAGACACAGCUUGCUGAAUUGGUUCAAGGAUUCGGUCGUUCCAGCUCUCUCCAGCCCGUUUUCCAGAAGGCAUUGGCUGAGUCUUCCUUCAACAUCCAGGCUCUGGAACACAAUUUGCAGACCGUGGUCGAGGCUCCGCUUCCGACCCCGGCAAUUGAGGAUGUUGAUAUGCAAGAUGUGGACGAAUUGGACGUGGAUACUUUCACCCCGGCGGCAGAGGCUUUGGCUAAGGAGCCCGCGUUCCCCGAGUCCUUCCUCAGCAAGCAAUUCAUUCCAGAGUUUGACAGCCUUGUGCAAGUCUUCGCGCUGGCUGUUGAUUCCGAGGCGAGACUCGAGCAGUUCACUAAUUUGCGCAUCCUUGGAAAGACCGAUGCAUCGAAGAGCGCUCAAUAUCUGUCGUUCUUGACCCGUGUCCUGUCCGGCUCCUUCCCUCUGGGCACCAGGGUUGCUGCUUUGGGAGCUCUCUCCUCAGCGCUUCAAUCAGUCCCUGGUGAUCUCGACCCUCAGGCACUGUUGCCAUUCCUGCUUGUCGCCCUUUCCGACCCAUCCGAGCGUAUUCGCCGCGAAGCGACUGGCGUUUUGACUGUUGUUGGUUCCAUCUACAAGAACAACAAGGCUGAUGGCAAGCCAUGGGCGCAGGAUACCAUCUAUGGCAAGGGCAAGCAGUCGUCCGGUGUUUCUUGGUUGCCAGCUCAUGAUGUUCAGAAGGUCAUGGAGCGCGCACUGCUUCCUGGAUUGGAGGAAUAUACCCUUGAUCCCGAGUAUAUUGGCAAGGUCCUUGAUGCGAUGAUGCGUGGAUCUGUUCUUUCGGAAGACUCUGGUGCAUCUGAACUCAAGAAGUCUCUCCGGCAAGCAUUCUUCGCAUUCUUGUCAUCGCACGUCAUUCGCAUGCCCGUCUAUGCUCCCAAAUUCGCCCUGUUGCGUCUUCUCAACCUUGUUAAGAAGAUUCCGGGCUCUUCUCGUACCAAGGAACUUCUUCCCUUCCUUGAGAACUGGCGUGCCCUGACCCAGAAAGAGGUCGACGAUAUCUGUACCAAGGAGCGUCUUUCUAUCUCAGAAACAGAGCAGCAGGUUGUCGCCAUCGUUUCACCGAAGGAGGCCGAUGCCAUUAACACCCUAUUGACCAAGGUCAGCCCAGCUAGCGAUUCUUUGCGGUCGUCGUUUGUCGCUGCUGCAUUCGCCCGCAUCAAGGAGAUCUGGGCUAAGAUUCCAGAGGAAAAUCAAGUGGGCGCAGCGGAGAAGCUUUUGGAUAUUUCGCUUGGAAUUGCUUCGGACGAGGUUUCCUUGGCAGAUAACUGCCGUGACGUCCUUCGCAGUGUUGAGCUGUCUGGUCCUAUUCUGGUGACCUUCGUUAAGAAGAUCCCCUCCUCAUUGACUGAUAUCGAGUCUCUUGGCCCUGCUCCCAAGCGGAGACGUACCAGUCAGAACAAUAUGAUUGCAAUGACCGUCAAGGACGAGUCAGAGCUCGCCAAACUUAUGGACAAGAUGACAUUCAUCCUGGAGGUGAUUGAUAGUUCUAGCCCCGAUGCUCACCCGGAGCUGGCCGAUGGCCUGUUCCAGACUCUUGCUGCUCUUCACCACUUCAAGUCUCAAAUUCAGUCUGGAAUGAGCUACCUAUUGAGCUUGACCCUAGGCAGCCUCUUGGCUAUCGUCAACAAGUCCAAGGGAUCUACCAAGCCUCUGUUCGACACCUCGGUUAUCCGGGCCGACUUGGUUGUGGACUGUGUUCGCACCACAGAUAGCCCCCAGGUUCAAAACGCGGCUCUCCUUCUCGUUGCUGGCCUAUCCGUCAUUGCUCCCGAGCUUGUUCUUCACAGUGUCAUGCCCAUCUUCACGUUCAUGGGAUCUAGUGUCCUCCGAAAGGAUGACGACUAUUCUGUAUCUGUCAUUGACCAGACUAUUGAUCAGGUUGUCCCGGCUCUCAUCCAGUCGCUCCGCAACCAAAAGCGUGACAUUGUGUCUGGAACUUCCGAGUUGUUGCUCAGCUUCACUGCGGCAUUCGAGCACAUCCCGUCGCAUCGCCGUCUCCGUCUGUUCCAUGCAUUGAUCAGCAAGCUCGGCACCCAGGACUUCUUGUUCGCUGUUCUUGCAAUGCUUGCCAACCGGUACUCCACCGACAAGGAUGUCUUGACUUUGAUGACUGGAGUCGCCUCAGACACUACUCCUGUUGUGGAGCUCACCACCUACAGCAAGUAUCUCAACCUGAUUCUUGACUCCUUCGAAGCCAAGCCGACUAUCUCCGCUGUCCUCCUAGGAAUUGGCAGUGAUGAUGGCCGUGAUCCUCAGAAGGUUGCUGUGGACCUGCUGCGAGACUUGGCUCACUUGCUCAAGCACUCGUCUCUCAAGUCAAAGCUGGAGACAGCAUUCGAGACUGAAGGCCCCACUACCGACCAGGUGCGUGCUUGCUUCUCUCGAGUUCUCGGUCAGGUUCUCGCCCUUGGCGAAUCCGUGCAGAACAUGAAGCCUGUCAGCCAGGCAUGUGGUGAGGUUCUGGGCUCUCUCUUCGGCACCCUGUCCCUUGUUGACUUCUUGGACACCAUUGAAUACCUCCUUGAUCCUAAGCAAUCGAGCGAUGACCUCCGCCGCAAGGUUCUCCGCCUGCUGGAAAACCGCCUCCGUCAAAACCCUGAGCGUGACAGCGAGUCUCAGCUUAAGGUCCUUGACUUCCUUCCUACUCUGGUUGGUAUCGUCCAGUCCUCGCCUGACUCGCUUCUCAAGCACGCUGCCGUCGCCUGCAUUGACCGUAUCACUGAGAAGUACGGUCGCAAGGAUCCCUCUAAGGUUAUUGCUGCCGCCCAGGUUGUCGCCAGUCCCUCUUGCCUUGGCGAAUCUGAUGAGCGUAUUCGUAUCAUGGGUGUUCUCUGUCUGGCCUCUAUGGCCGAGGUUCUUGGUCAGGCCAUGAUCCCUGCUCUUCCCAAUGCGCUCUCCCAGUCUUUGAGCCUGCUGGAGCUCAGCUUGACCCCCGGAAAGGAGAACUCGCGACUUCACGAUGCUGUCUUUUCCCUGUUCUCUGCCCUGUUUGUUAACCUGCCAUUUAUGAUGUCGGCUAGCCACCUUGACAAAAUUCUGUUGCUCGCUUUCAAGUCUACCAACGCAGAGCUCGAGGACAGCUCCGAGGACAGCCGCCUGGAGACACUCCGUUUGAUGGCCUCUCGCAAGAUGGAUAUGGCUGCUACCCUUGGUGCCAUUGACCGCAACUGGCCGCAAGUCGUGGAGGCCGGUCCCACUGCGGCCAACGAGGUCUUAGAGAUUCUCAACCUUGCCGUCGAGAAGAACACCAAGGCCGUUGUCGUGAAGAACGUCGGGGUCCUCUCCAACAUCCUCUUCAAGGCCUUUGACCUUCGCCGUGAGCAAGUUGCUCUGGGAGAUCGCGCCAACUUUGAUGCUGCCGACUUGGACGAAGCUGAGGGUGCAUUGAACGAUGUCACCAUCAAGAUGAUCUACAAGCUCAACGACAGCACGUUCCGACCCCUCUUCAUCAAGUUUGUUGAUUGGGCCACCAACGGCGCCCCCAAGAAGGAUGAGCAAGGUCGCGUGUCCCGUCUUACAACCUUCUACAAGUUCCUCCAGAGCUUCUUUGGCACUCUCCAGUCUAUUGUCACCAGUUACUCCAGCUACAUCUUGGAGAAUGUUAUCGAGGUCUUGAGCUCAACCGGUCCAGCCAAGGCGACCAGGACUCUCUGGCUGGCUUCUCUCCGGACUCUUUGCAACUCGUUCCAGCAUGACCAAGAUGAAUUCUGGCAAUCUCCCUCCCACCUCGCCAGCAUCUCUGGUCCCCUUAUUGCCCAGCUGGCUCACGCAACUACCUCGAAGACUGCUGAGUUGGUGAUCGAAGAGGUAGUCCCCGCCAUCACAGACCUCGCCAUCGCUGCCGACUCCACCGACAACCACAAGGAGCUUAACAAUGCUCUGAUGAAGUACCUCCGACCUUCAUCCGCCCCUAACGCCAAGUCGGCUGGUGGUGAUAACGCUUUCACUCGCCUCGCCGCCCUGAAAGCCGAGCAGGCGCUCACUGAGCAGCUCGGCGAGGAGUGGCUUGCCCUCCUUCCCGAGAUGCUGCCUUAUAUCAGCGAGUUGAUGGAGGAUGAAGACGAGAGUGUUGAGAGAGAGGUGCGCAAGUGGGUGAAGCAGAUUGAGGGUGUGCUGGGAGAGCGACUUGACGAUAUGUUGACCUAA